UUCAUGGUUUAGGAGAGCCCCCAGAUGAGAGGAGGGUGCGACAUCAGAUGGUUACAAAGUUGUUACAAGUAAUUCCAAAGCGUGCGAUUAUGUUUCACAAGUGAGUUAAAUGUACUGAACAUGUCAGUGACUGAAAGAGGGGCUUAGCAUCGACUUUCACACGGCUGAACUCUUCCAAACGAAAUUCGACAUCGCCAAGUGUGCCUUGACUGGCGAGCAGGACUCCAUUGCCCUGGAUAGCUUCAGUUGCUGUUGCACCAGCACUUCCGCUCCGAGUCAGGCGAAAGACACGCGUCCAGGCGACGGAAGAGGCACACACAGACACAAAGAAAGGUAGGAUGUCGGAUGAGGACUCGCGCGCCAGCAGCAGUUCUUCAUCUUCCACCUCUUCGUCCUCUACCCAUCAGCAGCAGCAGCAGCAGGAGAAAGACACGCCUAGCAAGAAGCGAGACGGCAAGGCAAACAUGAGCAAGACCUCCAAACUCCUCUCCACCAGCGCCAAAAGAAUCCAAAAGGAGCUCGCUGACAUCACCUUGGACCCUCCACCCAACUGCAGUGCUGGCCCUAAAGGUGAUAACAUGUAUGAGUGGAGGUCCACCAUUUUGGGGCCUCCAGGCUCCGUGUACGAGGGAGGGAUAUUUUUCCUGGACAUCGCCUUCACUCCAGACUACCCCUUCAAACCUCCAAAGGUGACGUUCCGUACGCGUAUCUACCACUGCAACAUCAACAGUCAGGGUGUGAUCUGUCUGGACAUCCUGAAGGACAACUGGAGUCCAGCGUUGACCAUCUCCAAGGUCCUGCUGUCCAUCUGCUCCCUACUCACAGACUGCAACCCUGCUGACCCACUGGUGGGAAGUAUUGCCACCCAGUACACAACCAACAGAUCUGAGCACGACAGGAUAGCCAAGCAGUGGACCAAGCGCUACGCCACAUAGACUGACCCAGAAAUUUGGAGAGAAGAGCGGAGAGAAGAGGAGAGAAGAGGAGAGGUGGAUGUGGAGAAAUACGUCUGUGUGUGUGUAUGGGGAGGGGUGUGUGUGUGAGAGAGGUGGUGUGUGUGUCUGUGUGUGUCUGUGUGUGUGUGUGUGUGUGUGUGUGUGUGUGUGUGUGUGUGUGUGUGUGUGUGUGUGUGUGUGUGUGUGUGUGUGUGUGAAUGGGAGGGUGGGGGGUGAUGGGAUGAGAUGUGGUCUGUAUCUGGUGGGGAAGGGAUGAGAAGGGGGGGGGGGUAUUGAUAGAGCUGUGGGACAUUUUUAUUGGGGGUAUUGAAGGGCGGCGGGUGUGAGGGAGGGGUUGGAUUUAAUUUGUAUUUCUGUAUUGGCCUCUUUGUAACGUGAUGCUUCCUUUUUUUGUCUGGACUUCCUCUUCUUUUAUUUUCACCCCCCAAGUAAAAGUCACUAUCAGGCAGUGCUGCAUCCUACAUGCAUUUGCUCUUUUGUUGUUGUUUUUGUGUUGCUCUUUUAUCCCUCUUUUUGUGUUUUGUUUUUGUUUUCUAUCCUGUUGUAAAUCAGCUGUAGAUGGCAGGCUUUUUGGAAGAGUUAUUUUUAAUGGCAUAAUAACAAUGUCGUAAAUGACGUGUAAUAAUAACGUAAUGUGGCUGCGGAGGCUGCGUUACGGUGGCUUGUGAAAACUGUAGCACUGCAUGAUCCUUUCUUUGGCCAAACCUGAAAAACUGCAAUGUGAAUUUCCCAGACUUCUAUUAAAGCUGAAUUACAACUGA